UUUUUUACUGUUAUUAUUUACGCUCUAGGUGUUGACUUUUUUUUCAAUAAACUGUUGAUACGACCCAUGUUGGUCGUUUUGGUCAAGUCUAUCGACGAAGGGAUAAGCAUCAAGAUUCAAGAAAGAGUUUUUAAAUGUUUCCUUUUAUUUAGCUUUUCUUUUAAUUAGAAUAGUAGUUUUUUAUUUAGUUUAGAAUUCCUAUUUUUUAGGAACUGGUUUUGGUUUAUGAUUAGGAUUAACACGACUAUAUAAUUAAUGUUCUAGGAUUAAUCAGGUUUUAUGCUGAAAUAAAAGUUUUUUAGGCUAUUUGCUGGAGAACUCCCUGUUUCUCGAACUACAGGUGGCCGGGUUAAGGUUCCUGCCUGCGGGUUAGGAUCUUGAACCUAUUAAUUGGUAUCAGAGCUGCUACGGUUCUGGUGUCAACAUUUCAAAAACAAAUUCCGAAAAGAUUGCUGGAUUGGAGGCAAGAGUUGCAGCCCUGGAGCAGGAUCUUACCAAGCUUCGAGAGGAAGCUGAACUCGCCAAGAAGGAGAAUGCUGCACAAUUCGCAGAAGUCCUGCAAGCUAUCAAUAACUUGACGAAAACUGUCAAGGGGAAAAACAUUCAAGAAGAGGAGAAGGACAAGGAAGAUCCUGAAUUUGAGCUCGAGUUUGGAUCCUUCAAAAAGGGACCCAAGGACGAUAAGAACAAGGGUGGGGGUCGACAAAUGGGGGAAUUUCGGAAGCUUAAGGCUCCUAUUUUCGAAGGGGAAGACGCGUUUGGAUGGAUUUAUAAGGUGGAGCGUUUCUUUGAGAUCCAAGACAUUGGUGUACGCGAUCGAUUGAAGGCAGCAGCAAUUUGCUUGGACGGCAAGGCGUUGGCUUGGUUUCGUUGGAGUCAAGCAAGGGACCCGUUCCGCUCGUGGGAGGAAUUAAAAGAACGGCUGUUGGAGCGUUUCCAGUUAACAGGUGAAGGCAAUCUCUAUCAUCAGUUUCUCGCCAUCCGGCAAGAAGGAUCUGUACGUGACUACGUAAGCAAUUUUGAAAGACUAUCAUGUCAGUUGGGGGACAUACCAGAAAGCGUGUUAGAAGGCACCUUCGUUAAUGGUCUUAAGGAGGACACACGUUCGGCCGUUCGUAUUUUACAGCCAGCAAACUUGGCCAGAGCCAUGACUCUUGCUGUUAUGAUAGAUGAAAACAAAUUCAGUAUCGGCACACCCAAGACUAGUGGUGGGGUAAUUCGGUCCAACAACAGCGGGUCUAGUCGACCAGGUGGAGCUUCUAGCAUUUCGUCUUCAACUAACGUAGGCAGCAAGGGUACCACCACGACUGGUACUGGCUCGACAGGCCUUACUGGUCAGUUCAAGCGUUUAAUAGAAGCCGAAUUUGCUGAGAAAAAAUCCAAGGGCAUCUGCUUUCGUUGUGACGGGAAGUUUUCUCCAGGGCAUCGUUGUCAUGGUAAGACACUGCAGGUGCUAAUCGUCGAUGAACAGGAAGAGGAUAAUGAAGUGGGAGAAGGGGUGGAACAUGCACACCUCGAUGAAAUCGAGGUAUCCUUUAACUCGGUAAGCGGUCUCACGUCUCCUCAAACCAUGCAGGUGAAGGGUUUCGUCGGAGGUUUGCCUGUGCUAGUCUUAAUUGAUAGCGGAGCAACACAUAGCUUCAUCUCUAAACAGGUGGUUGCUCAACUGGGAAUGACAGUUUCGGGAACUGGUGCAGUCCGGGUACGGCUUGGGAACGGUAUGUGGGAAAAAAGUGAGGGUACAUGCAAAGGAGUGGUAUUGAAUUUACCAGAGCUACAAGUUGUUGAAGAGUUCUAUCCCUUAAAUUUAGGGGGAUCGGAUAUUAUUCUUGGGAUUUCUUGGCUUCAGACACUAGGCGAUAUGACAGUCAAUUGGCGAGACUUAUGGAUGAAGUUCUGGGAUGGUAGUCGUCAAAUUACCAUUACAGGUGAUCCGAGCCUAACAAGAACGUUGGUCUCUUGCAAGUCCAUGCUUAAGCUAUGUCACAACGAAGACACAAGGUUUUUAGUUCACAUGAAUUCAGCGGAAAUUUCGCCUCCAAUCCCGCGUCCACCACCGGCCAUUCGGGAGGUUUUUUGGGUGGGAAUGAAGCGCGACAUUGCAAGAAUGGUUGCGGAGUGUGAUGUUUGUCAACGACAAAAGUAUUCUACCAUGGCGCCUAGCGGGUUAUUACAACCCCUGGAGUUACCCAACAAGGUCUGAAGUCCAGCGGUUGACAGCCUUGUUGCAUUCAAGAAUUUGUGAUGAUGCAGAUGCAACAAUAUGCCUUCCAAUCACACCAAUGACUUUACCACAACAGCCAACGACUAUAGAGAACCUCUCGGGUGAUCUUCU